GUAAGUGGUCGUCGAGGAACGCUCAGUUCUUCCUGGGAUCUCGCUGCGUGCGCUCACUUUCUUUGCGCCCGGAAUCGGAUUCGGAAUCCGUCCGUGUUCGAUCGGCUUAACAAUUAGUGGGGAUCAUUAUCGAUCCCCCGCCCCGUGUCGCAUUAGCGCCAUCACCAUCGCCACCGCCCCCCCGCACACACACACAUUUUUGGUGAAAACUCUCGGCGGGUGAUGAAAUUCGUGGAACUUACGUACGUCCCAAGCCCUGUAUCUGGACCCAGUGUGUGUGUGAUAGAUAUACGCGUAUUCGGAAACUGAAUCAUCCAACUAUAUCCGUAUAGGAAAACUGCAAACAAGAGCCCAUAACUAUUCCAAAACUAUUCAAACUGCGUGGGCAGGCAGGCCACCCACCCACGACGCCAUGACGAAGGACCAACAGGCCACCCCCAUACCCGAGGAGCUGUACAACCUCACCCAGCUGGCGGACGUUACGCUGGCGGCCGGUCCGCUGAUCACCGACUCCGAGGCGAAGCCGCCGAACAGUCUGUACGCCGCCUCGUCCACCUCCUCCUCCCUGUCCGACGACGACUACAACUACCUCUGCCACUACAGCCACAAGGUGUUCGACCGGAGGAAAGUGCGUCGCUGCACCAUCUCCGACUCGAAUUCCUGCACCAGUUCCAGCUCGAGCGUUUGCCAGUCGGGCGAGGAUCACCUGGGCCAGGGAGCGCGGGAGCAGGAUGCCUUGGAGCAGCAGCAGGCGGGGGACGGUGGGGCCCUCAGCUCCUCCUCGCUGCUGGAGGAUGAGCACAUUUGCCCCGAGUGCGGCAAGAAGUAUUCCACAUCCUCCAACCUGGCGCGUCAUAGACAAACUCAUAGGUCGAUUAUGGACAAAAAGGCCCGCCACUGCCCCCACUGCGAGAAGGUGUACGUGUCCAUGCCGGCGUACUCGAUGCACGUCCGCACCCACAACCAGGGAUGCGAGUGCCAGUUCUGCGGCAAGCGCUUCUCCCGCCCGUGGCUCCUGCAGGGACACAUCCGCACCCACACUGGCGAGAAGCCCUUCAAGUGCAACGUCUGCGAGAAGGCCUUCGCCGACAAGAGCAAUCUCCGCGCUCACAUCCAGACGCACUCCAACACCAAGCCCCACACCUGUUCCCGCUGCGGAAAGGCAUUCGCUUUGAAGUCCUACCUGUACAAGCACGAGGAGUCCUCCUGCAUGAAGAACCGUAGUGGAGUGACAGCACCUGCCUCAUCGGGUUCUGGUUCUUUGGGGAGCAGAACUCUCACAUCGCCAAAGCGGUAUCAGCAGGAUGCUAAUGCUACGGGAUUGGGAGCAGGAUCACCAGCCCCAGUGUGUGCUGCCCCAGAUUCGGCCAAAUCCACACUGGCCAACAAGCUGAUGCAGAAGGAAAAGGAGCGGCGACAGGCGGCCUUGGCCUACCAGGGAUUCCUGGCCACCCCGGAAGUGCCCUCCGGCUUCAGUCAGGGAGCGGGAAGCAUCGCCGCCCAGGAGUCGGACUACGAUCACUUCAAGAGGAUCAAUGUGAUUCAGCCAACCGUGCUGCCACAUCGCAACAUCUUCACGGACUUGCACACCAAUCCGCACAUGCCGCUGGCACUGCCCCUGCCCUUGCCGUAUCAUUAUCCGCCCCAUGCCACAGCCCCCGAUAUGGCGAAAGGAGGAGGCGGGAUAAGUGGGAGCCAGGAGCAGCCGGUGGACUUUUCGCCGAAGAACAACUUUUCGCACUCGGCCAAGACGAGUCCUUUCGAACUAACUGGCAAUUAUGCCAUGGUGGCAUAGUCUCCGGCGGAGACCCAGUACAGGACACCAAAGCAAAAGACACCGGAGAGAACAAGAGCACUACCCAACAGGAUUUUAGAUUGAGAUUGAGAGGAACCCUUAUACCCAAAACCCAAAACCCAAAACCCAUACCCGAUAACUGUAGUCAACGAAUAUGUGAUAAAAAUGCAAAAGAGCUAAAGUA